AUGAUGGAUUCGUCUACUGUAUGGAGCGGCCAAGACCCGACUUUAUCAGUUCCUUCUCAAGAUGACUUUCAACAAUUCCUCGACAUGAACCUCAGCGAGAGUCUGCAUUUUGAUUUUCAGGAUUUCGAUCAUCAACAACCUCAGACAACACAAUUGGUCCACCAGGAGGAUGGAGAAGGCAUGGAUACUCGCAUGGACAAUGGUAGAGUACUGGCGGGGCAGGACACGACAAUGCAAGAGCAUAUGCCUGCCAUGACGACGGCCACGACCCAUCCCACCAUGCACGCGGCGGCUCUUGCUCAUGCACACCCAUCAAAUGAAAAUCUGGCAGAUUUGGACGCGCAGAUACAAUAUUUACAGCUUCAGAGGCAGCAACAGCAGCAGAGACAGAUCCAGGAGCAACAACGCAAUUUCUAUACUCAAAACGGCAUGAUUCCUCCUACUCCGAAUAGCAUAGAGAUGCAUGGAAACAAUGCUCAAUUCUAUCCGCAGUCAGAUCCUCAACAGCAGGCUAGUUACGAGAGGUAUCGAAUGCAGGUAAAGGACCAGGAGAUGGCCUUUACUCCACUUGUUUCGCCAGCAGUGACCCCUCUUGAGGCACAAUUCAACAUUCCAGAAUAUACAGUUCCAGGAGCUUAUUUCAGUCCUUUGAAUUCUCCAGCUUUACAUGCACAAAACGAGCAAGGAACCGUUUAUGAUCAGCGUGCCUCAGGGAACAGAAAUUCGCCAAUUGAUAUGAACUUAGACUCCCACUCGGCACCAGCAAGCUCCAAUAUCCCCCCAAGGAAAUCUAGCAUAAAAUCACUGCCCAAACCACGAAGCACCCGUGGGGUAAGGCAGUCUCCUAUUGUAAAACCGAGGAAAGGAAAGAAGGAUUCUAGCUCGAUAUCUGCCAAAGCUCUUGACAACAUAUUAGAGCCAUCUCAUUCCCAGAUGACGAAUUCACAAGCGACAAGCUCUUCACAUUCUACAGCGAGCACCGAGGACUCGGAGAACAACUCGAUAUCCCCCGAACACCUGUCUGAUAUGGCACCACCUCCCGUGCCACCCCCUGGAUCUGCGGGCAGGUCUCCCUAUAUUCAAUCGCAAAAGGCCAGCGCAAGAGCCCAACAAGUCUUAGGGUCACCUGCAACACCAGCUUCACUAAUGAGAUUGGCCGGAUCACCUCAAGUGAAUCGGCAAAUCGGCAAUCAAGGAGGCAUGGAUAUUGAUGACCCAGAAGUGGAUGGAUUUUCGCUACCUGAAGCUGCCACCAGUCGGCCACAACUCUCUCGAAUCGAGACACAAUCAGAUGGCCAAGUCACGCCAACUUUGAGCUCCACAGGGUCGAAAGCGCCAGGAUUUCAACCUCUACCUUCUCCAUCUUUCAAUCGACCUAGGUCGACUCUGUCUGCAAGCCAAAGUCCUCAAAUUGACGCUAUGAACGGUUCCGCAGGGAUGAAUGGCCCGGGGCGUAAAAGUUCGGUCGAGGUCCGCAGCACGAAGAAGAGGUCUAGCAGCUCGGUGCUUGCAUCUCCAGCACUUCUGCCCAGGAUCUCGCCGAGCAUAAAGCCUCUUCUCCCAGGUGGAAAGACGGCAGAAGAUACGGCCUCACUGCUCUUGGCGUCUAAGUCGAAUUACCAGAAUAUCCUCGAGGGAACCCACCUACCAGGUGUCUCUUAUCCUACGGAAUUGUCGACAAAUCUGACCUCGAAGAGGACGUCUCACAAAAUUGCGGAACAAGGUCGACGAAAUCGCAUCAACUCUGCCUUGCAAGAAAUUGCAACAUUGUUACCUCGAGGUCAGGCGAAGGAUAGUGGUGGAGACAAGAGUGGAAGUGGUGAUGCUGGCGAUAAUAAUGACGCUCCAAACGGCAAAGGAGGUUCGCAGAGUGCAAACAGUAAAGCCAGCACCGUCGAACAGGCUAUCGAGUAUAUAAAACAGUUGAAGAAGGAUCUAGCAGAGGCGAACAGAAGAGCCGAGGAGGCUGAGAAGCUGUUGAAGGUGAAAGCCUAG